AAAAGCUUGCUGAAAUCACAAAUGGCGUCCAACUGUACUGAUAUCAACAGUCUACUCUACAACAACUACCUCUCCACCAUGUAUGCUGUAGAGUCUGUCAUUGGCUCCCUCUGCAACCUGUUUGUGAUCCUGGUCUACAUAUUCUGUCUGCCUUCUUGGAAAUCUACAAAUGUGUAUAUGUUUAAUCUGGCAAUUUCCGACCUCAUCUGCAUGGCCACCUUAGCUGCACUUUCCUACAACUACAAGAAUAACCUAAAAUUACCCCCUAAUCCAUGUGUGGUUGUUCGCUACAUCCUUCAUGUUAACCUGUACGCCAGUAUUGUCUUCAUGCUGUGGGUGGGUGUGGACCGAUUAUUCCUGAUGUGGUACCCACAACGCACCCACUUUCUUUUGACUUUAAAGGGCUCAUUGCUCGUCAGCUUCCUGAACUGGAUUUGGGUGACAAUCGAGCUUGCUCCUUACAUCUACUUUAUUAUCGAUGACUUGGUGCACAACAAAAUGUGUAAAGAUUUUGGCAGCUUGAACCAAACCAUCCCUGUCCUACUUUACAGCUUGUUGCUUAGCGCAUUUGCAUAUGUGCUGCCACUGCUGGCCUUGUAUCUGUUAUCCAGUAGGAUGGUUUCUCUGCUGAAAAUGAGACAGGAAGUGCUCGGGACAUCCUUCGAAAGGCCAAUGAACAUCGUAAAGGCUGCGGCGGUCAUGCUGCUUGUGCUCUACUUGCCAUUUCACAUCAUGAGAAACAUGCGCAUCAUAUCACAGCUUCCUCAGUUGGAAAUGUCACUGUGCACAAAGACCUACAUUGAAACGGCAUACAUAAUAGUACGGCCAAUUGGAUUUUUCCACAGUGUCAUAAACCCUGUGUUUUAUGUCCUAAUGACAGACAGGUUUAAAGAGAUCUUACAGGACAAGUGGAAGAAGAUUAGAAGAUUCACCUAG